AUGAAUGGUUUAAGAUGUAUAUGUUGGGUAUGGGGCAUUACAAGUUCCUUCCCAGUUCUGAACACUGAGAUGAAGCCGAGAGAGACCACAGCCAUAAAUGUAAAAGUUCAAAGUCAAGAUACGUCAAAGGAGGCUUUAAGGAAUGGGACUAUGCUGUUUAGAGAAGCGAAAGGAACAAUGAAUGACAUUGGAAGGCCAUUUAUCAAUAUAUCACAGUUGGAAGAAGUUUCAGACUUCUCUACAAUAGACUCUGUCUUAGCAGCUUUUACACGAGUUGUUGUAGCAGGCUUCUUUGGAGGAAUUCUGCUGGGCAUAGAAGUGGUGGUAGUCUUUAUCAUACCAGAAGGUUUCAUUGCAGGUCCUUUCCCAUUUGUUAUUACUUUGCUUUCAAUUUUUCGUGAUGCACUUGUUACACUAGAUUUGGAAGCUGUUGUGGUUGUAGUGCUGCGGACUGUUGAAGUUGUAGUACGAGUUGAUAUCUGCUUAUUAGCGGUUUCCUUUAUUUCUUUCUCAUUUGAAGCUUUGGCCACUGAUCUGACGGUUGAUACAGAAGUCAAAGGUUUUGGUUUACUCGGACCAUUGAGUGGAGACUUCGUCUUUGCAACUGUGGAAGUCACUGAAGAAACAGUUUUUGAAACCGUUCGUGUUGCUGGUGCAGUUGCUGGCCUUAAUGUUGUUUUGGUUGUAGUCAUAGUUUUAGAUGUUAAUUGUUCAGGGCGUUUGGAUGCCUUAACGUCUCCAUUUGUGAUCGGCUUUUUCUCAGAAGGAGAUGAAGUUGGCCUAUUCUUUGCCAGUCCAACAGCAGGCACGGAUUUUGAUGCAGCCAGACCUACUGGUUUUGGCUUAGUGGCUGCAGUUGUAGCAGGACGGGUAGAAGUACUUGAUAGAGGUCUUGAAGUAGUUUUAGGGACAGAAGGCUUCGACAAUGGAGAGGUAGGUGAUUUGGGUUUGGCAGCAGUUGUAGAUAAUCGAGAAGAAACUGCUGACUUUGUAGCAGUCUUCGGUUUUUCUGGGCCAGGCUUCUUGUCUUUCACAGAACCAAUAGUAGGCUUUUUAGUAGGCACAUCCUUCUCUUUCUUCGAGUCUUUAUUGUCAAAUGCAGAAAUAGCAGUUGUAGCUGUUGCAGCUGCAGCAGCCACCGCUGCAGUGGCUACCAAUACUCCUUCAGUUGAGACAGCAGGAGUAUCAGGAACAGCAUUCUCUGAAACACCACUAUCAGCCAGAUUGGUGUCAUUUACCGACUCAGGAGCUAUUUUCUCUGCCUCUCCUACAUUUUCAGAUGCAGAAUGUAAACUGGCAGAGGUAAUUCAUCUGUUAGUUCACUUAAAGGAGAUUCCGAUAGCUGUGAUGAUGCUUCCACCUGGACUUCAAGCCCUGGAAAAUCUUUUUGAAGAAGGGCUGCUGUCGCUCGUCUGCUGCCGCUGCAGCUCCAGCUCCUCGCCGAACGGGUUGGCGCUCCUCGCGGGCGGCAGGGGGGCGUGCGUGGCGUCGGCGCCGUCCACGGCCUCGGGGCCGGAGUCUUCGUCGUCAUCGUCGUCGUCCUCCACGUCCUUGUGGUCGCCGGACGCCUUGCCGUUGCGCGCGAUGUCCAUGAAGUCGAAGAGGUUGCCGUUGGUGUGGCCGUUGUUGAAAGGCGGCGCCUGGAAGGGGUCGUCGAGCAGCAGGCCGGCGCCGGCCGCAGACACGGCCGCGGCCGCUGCGGCCUUCUGCGUCGCCAUCUCCACCUCGAAGGGGUUGGUGGCGGCGGGGAGCGCGUCGGUGGCCGGCGCCGUGAGAGGCGGAGGCGGCGGGGCCGCGCUGCCAAGAUCCAUGUCGAAGGCCUCCAUCUGCGGCGCGGAGGGCUGCUGA